CGUCCGCCGGUACUCUUCCAUGGCAGCCAUGAUGGCUGGAAGAUCACGGAGUAUUCCGCAAUUAUUUUGCCGUUUCGCAAAUUGUACCCGCACAUUCGGUUCAUCUAAGAUCCAUUUGGACAAAGGCAUUCACAAAGGAUUAAGCAGUUGUGUUAGACAGUCAGAUGGAAGGUUAUUGAAAAGAAGCACGCAUUCUGUCUGGUUCUGUGACCACCAUGAAAAUAUCAGAAGCUUUAGAACUGCUUCUGUGCUCUGUGAGGCAAAAACAGUGACAUGUCCUCCAUUUGCAGAGUCUAUCACAGAAGGAGAUAUACGAUGGGAAAAAGCUGCUGGUGACAGUGUGGCAGUGGAUGAGGUCAUUGCAGAAGUUGAAACAGACAAGACAUCGAUCCAGAUCCCGAGCCCUGUUGCUGGAGUGAUUGAAUCUCUGACGGUUAGUGAUGGUGACACUGUAAAUCCAGGCGUCCCAUUAUGCGUCAUCACUGUUGGAGAGGGAGGAGGUGGUGGCAAACCAGCAGCCUCUGCUCCUGUAACAGCUGCACCUAAAGAGGAAAUGGCACCUGCUGCACCUACCCCCUCUGCUCCCGCUAAGGCCCCAUCCGAGGCAACUGGGCCCAUACCGGACUCCCCUCCGCCUGUUCAGCCCCCACCGACGGGUCCCAUGUCCUCUAUGCCAGUGUCCAAUAUCAAGCCUGUGGCAGCUGUUCCACCAAUGGUCCAGGAAUCCGCCCAGUCUGGGGACUCCAGAACUGAAAGCAGGGUAAAGAUGAACAGAAUGCGCAAAAGAAUAGCCCAGAGACUGAAGGAUGCACAAAACACUUGUGCCAUGCUGACAACUUUCAAUGAAAUAGAUAUGAGCAAUAUCAUGGAAAUGAGAAGUAAAUACAAGGAUGCGUUCCAGAAGCGGCACGGAUUAAAGCUUGGUUUCAUGUCAGCAUUCAUUAAGGCAUCAGCCUUUGCUCUCCAAGAUCAACCAGUGGUUAACGCUGUGAUUGAAGGAGAAGACAUUAAAUAUAGAGACUAUGUUGAUAUCAGUGUUGCUGUGUCAACGCCAAAAGGUUUGGUAGUACCUGUGAUACGAAGUGUAGAAACUAUGAAUUAUGCUGUCAUAGAGAAAACCAUUGCUGCUUUGGGCGAAAAGGCUCGGGACAAUGAGUUAGCAGUAGAGGACAUGGAUGGAGGCACCUUCACUAUCUCUAAUGGCGGGGUUUUCGGCUCUGUUUUUGGCACACCCAUCAUCAACCCACCUCAAUCUGCCAUCCUGGGAAUGCAUGGCAUUUUCGAUAGACCUGUUGCAGUCAAUGGCAAGGUUGAAAUACGCCCGAUGAUGUAUGUGGCUUUGACCUAUGAUCAUAGACUUGUUGAUGGUCGUGAGGCAGUCACCUUCCUAAGGAAAAUCAAAGCUGCCGUUGAAGACCCUAGAACUCUAUUACUGGAUCUGUAAAGUGUGCUUAGAUUUGAAUAACAUUUAUUACUAAAAUUGCAUUUGACUUCUUUGCAACGCAUGCUAAGGUAUCAUUUCAGUCGCUAUUAACAGAUGUGGAUGAUCUUGUUUGAAGUAAAAAGAAAUCUUAAAUGUUUUCGUGCUGUUAUUAAAAAAUGACCUUGAUACACUCUUGUUAUAUAUUAGGUAGACUUGUUUGAUUGGUGUAACAUUAAAUAAUCAGGGAACUGUUGUGUAAUCCACUGUAAUAGGUCUGGCCCCAAUUUCACGAAAAUCCUUGAGCAUUACAAGCUUAGUAUUUUAUUCCACUCAGCCAAAUUUCUUACUUUAUCUUGAUUUUACUCAAUAAAAAAUAGUUCAUCAUGAUUAUCAUAAAGAUAACUUCCUUUUAUAGUUGAAACACUUCUCAAAAAUGUAAAUGUUACACAAAUUAUACCAAAACAAAAUUAGUUAGAUUAGUUCCUGUUAUAAUGGACGUACACAUGUAUAUGUUUCAAGAAAUUGUGACCUGUGUUAUAAUAGUUUGUAGUUUUCCAUUUAUCGCGAGGUCAUAUACGCCUGAAAGAGUAUAAAGAAUUGUAGUCAUCAAUGAGAGCACAAUAUAUUUGGCUGGCCAUUUUCCUUUACGAAUGUUUGUAUGGUUAACUUAUGCUGUCUGUGUUUUCAAUCUGUCACCAAUACAACUAUCCUAACAAUGCUUGUUUGUAUCAAUAUGUCAAAAGUGGUGUUAAUUUUUCAACAUGUCUGUAAAUUGUGUAUAGUUUUACUUAUUUAUUUUCAAAAGUUGUUUGUGGUAUAUAUUCCUGAACUAAGUUAUGUGUUGAACCAGGUCCACUUCACAGACAAGCCAACAAAUAGAACAUAAAACAUUCUUCAGCAUUGUUGAUUUUAGCUUUUAUCUAAAAAAUAAAGAUAUCUCAUU